CGAUCUUCAGCGCGACAGUCGAUUCCACGAAAGUGGCCAAAGUGGUGGUAACAGCCGCCCAUCUUGAAGGCUCAAAGUGAUAAAUACAUUUCGUAAAGACCGCCAAAUAGUGCAUAUACAGAUAGUGUUUUAACUUAAGCGUUUCACCCAGCUGUAAUCGGGAGCCAUGAGGAUCCAUCAGCAUUUUGUGUUGGGUCUGCUCGGUGUGCUCUGUUUGGCCAUCGGAGGCAGUCAAUCCAAGGCUGUGGUGGAUCAGCAGCCUGCCGCUUCCCAGGUGGACAGCAAGAGCGUUGCCCAGCAAAGAAUCGAUUUGGGUUUGGGUCUGGGCGAUGCCCUCAUCCACGACCACCACCACGAGCACAUUGUCGAGCACCACGAACACCAUCACGAGCACCAUGACCCCGGCUACUGGAAGAAGAAGGUCACCUGGAAGGAGGGCUGGAAGAAGAUCUGGAACCCGGCCAAGAAACAGAUCUGGAAUCCUUCGUGGAAGAAGAUCUGGAAGCCGCACUGGGUAAAAGUGCCUGGCUGGAAGGAAAUCCAAGUUCCUGCCUGGAAGCAAAUUUGGGUGCCACACUGGAAAGAAAUUUUAGUGCCUGCCUGGAAGGACAUUCAAGUACCUGAUUACAAACAGAUUUGGACACCAGAAUUAGUCAAGGUUGGCAUUCCCGGCGAGAAAUAUCUAGGCAAGGAUCACGAAGGUUGGGAGUACACCAGUCACGAUUUGUGGAAGAAGAAAGUGGUCUGGAAGUCGCACUGGAAGAAGAUCUGGAAGCCAGCCAAGAAACAAAUCUGGGUGCCCGAGAAGAAACUGGAGUGGAAGGAGGCAUGGAAGCAGUACUGGAAGCCAGCUAAGAAGGAGAUCUGGACUGAAAAGUUGGAAUGGAAGGAGGCUUGGAAGCAGAUUUGGGUUCCUGGCUGGAAGGAGAUUUGGGUUCCCGGCUGGAAGAAGAUCUGGAAGCCAGUGGUCAUUUCCGAGUGGUUCCCCUCGCCCGACCACCACGAUCACCAUCAUCACGAACACUCAUUCGAUUGGGAUCGCAAGGAUACGGGAGUGACGGCCACCAAGUCAGCGGACGGGAAGGAUAAGGUGGUGUGGAAGCGUGACGACACCAAUGCCGGCGGCAAGCCAACUCUGCUGCAGCCAGUGGCCAGUGCCGAUUUCCAGGCCAAGUCCCUGGAGGCGGCCAAGUCCCCAGUGGCUGCUGCUCCCACCGCCACCUCGCAGUCAUUCAAGUUUCCCGGGGCGUAGGAAGCCAUUGCAUCACCAAAAAAAAAGAGGUUGCAUCACAACGCCCACGUCCAAAACUCCUUGUAAAUAGUCGUAAACCAGUCGCUAGCUCAUAAGGCCAUCCAUCUACUUCCAUUUGCCUUGGCGCCACUUUAAAUUAUCUCUAGGCUUUAAUUACCAGUGAAUACAAAAUAAAUGAUAAAUAACUAAAAUAAA